AUGGCGCAGUCGCCGGCAGAGCUCUUUGGUACCUCGUGGACGCUUCAUCGCCUGUCUCCCCUAUUCCAUGCCCAAGAAUCCAAACUUUCCAUCUUGGAUAAUCCCGAUGCCUUGUCUCUAUACGCCCGCCGUCUACGUGAUAUGCUCACCGGAGACCAGCUUCGGGGAAUCCGGCUUUCUCUUGACAGUACCUCGCUCCUGGACGAGGCCCUUGAAAAAGCGGGUGCACUUGUCGCCUGCAAAUGGGAGACCAUUCCUACUUGGAGUUAUUGGAACGAAGAGCAUUCCAUUCUUGAGGAUCCGGAACAGACUAGUCUUGUGGUUUCCGCAGAGCAAUCUGCUGGCAUCUUGGUGACCUUGCAGUAUGAGGCUAUUCGAUAUAAAGCUGCGUUACUGAGCGGUCCAGAUGGUUAUCGGCAACAACAACAUGAGGUGACUUAUCUUCCACUUUUGGUCACACGGAUGCCAAAUGCGCUACGACAAGCAUUCAUUUCCUUCUUAGAAAACAACUUCGAUGCACGUGUUUCAAUUCUAAGGCUUCCAUCGGCAUUCCUAUGUUCUUGCUUAGAGGCUUACUUGACCACCUUAUCCCAUAAGUCUCAACGAGAGGAUGGCACAAGAGCUGCCUUGGAAAGGGUAAUAAAAGAGGUUCAGUUAACGCUAUCAUUUCCACCACCUACUACACCUUUGCUGAAAAAUUUGGAGAUCUCUUUACCUCGCCAGUCGUUGAGUGACUUUUAUAUCCGUGCCCUUGACAACAAAGCUAAGCCACAUGACGGUGGGUCUUCUUUAACAACACCAUUUUUGUCAGCCCUUUUAAACUACUUUAAAACCCACCUUGCCAUGGAUAUCGAUAUCACUGCCGCACAGCCCCCCAAAAACCAUGCCAAUCACGCCCCUCGAAUAACAAAGAUUGCAUGCGGAGCCUUCGUGCUUGGUUCCGAGGGACGAAUGAAACUGCUUGCAAAUCCUGGUCGGGCUAUCUUUCUCGACGAUUCACAGCUUAGCAUCGAUAGUGAGGAUGAUAGCAUUAUAGGCCAAGAAGAGCAAGAGAAAAGGUGCAUUUGGAGGGCAAACGAAGGGCUUCUUCGUGCAUUGAUUGGAAGAGCAACCUGUACUCAGCACCGAAUUGAGGAGAGAGCCACGCUCAAUAAUGUUACAACCUGA